GUUUUGCCUUGCUACCAAGAGGAAGAGAAGUUUGGUGUGCUGGGCAGAGCAACAGUAAGCAUAACUGCCUGACUGGUGUGAGCAACAGAGCUUGUUCCCUGGAAGACUGAGCUUUCUUGCAGUGUUUUGUUAUCUUGCUGAAGAUGCCUGCUAUGUGGAAGAGUGGGAGCACUUUGCCCUGUUUGCCUUUUUUGCACUUUGACCUGUUGGUGAGGAUUGAUUAUAAACCCAGAUGCUAAUUACACUGCUGCUCAUUUCGCUGAACAAAGGUGGGUUGGCAAAGCUUUCUUGUGGUGGCUGGAGUCUUCAGGACGAGACCCAUGAAAUAAAAUGGUUGAGGAGGAGGCUAAGAGCUUACCUAUGGAGCUGAGUGAGAAGGGAGGUGUGGAGAAUAACGGAUUUGUUCAGAAUGAAGCAUUUGAUGACAAGGAGACUGAUACCAGGAGCCAAGAAGACAUACCAAAACCGUGCACUGUUGAUGUGGAGCCAGUGGCCAUGGAGGAGCCAGUAUUGAAGCCUUAUGCAGGGAUGCCAAAGGAAGUCUUGCUCAAGUUCUCCAGUCAAGCCCGGUACAAAGUCACGAGGGAGAUUCUCUUCUGGCUCAUCAUUGCUGCUGCUGUCGUGCUUAUAUGUGCUACAGUUGCAAUUAUUGUCCUUUCCCCGAAGUGCCUGGAUUGGUGGCAGGCUGGUCCUAUCUAUCAGAUCUAUCCUCGUUCUUUCAAGGACAGCAACAUGGAUGGCAACGGUGAUCUGAAAGGUAUCCAGGAAAAACUAGACCAUAUUACAUAUUUGAACAUAAAGACCGUCUGGAUCACUUCUUUCUUUAAGUCUCCAAUAAAAGACCUUGGGUAUGGAGCUGAAGAUUUCUAUGAUAUUGAUCCCAUGUUUGGGUCGAUGAGUGAUUUUGAGGACCUGCUUGCAGCCAUACAUGACAGAGGGCUCAAGGUGAUAAUGGAUUUAAUACCAAACCACACGAGUGACAAGCACCGAUGGUUUCAGCUGAGUCGCAAUCGGACUGGGAAAUUCACCGACUACUACAUCUGGCAGGACUGCGUGCAGGCUACGGGUUUGGUUGCUCCUCCAAACAACUGGGUGAGUGUCUUUGGGAACUCCAGCUGGCAGUUUGAUGAUGUGAGGAAGCAAUGUUACUUUCAUCAGUUUGGGAAAGAACAGCCAGACUUAAAUUUUCGCAGCUCCGCUGUCCAAGAGGAAAUCCAUGAUAUUCUAAAAUUUUGGCUCAACAAAGGAGUCGAUGGAUUCAGCUUCAGCGCUGUGAAGUUUCUGUUAGAAGCAACUCAUCUCCGAGAUGAGCCUCAAGUGAACAAGUCCCUGAGUCCUGAGAGUAUCACAGACUAUUCCCAGCUCUACCAUGACUACACGACCACACAAGUUGGUAUGCAUGACAUCAUCCGUAGCUUCCGGCAAACCAUGAAUCAGUUCAGCACUGAGCCUGGCCGCUACAGGUUUAUGGGUUCUGAUGUUGAUGAAAAGGAAGACACUGAGGCAACAAUGAUGUAUUAUGGAACAACUUUUAUCCAAGAAGCAGAUUUCCCCUUAAACUUCAACCUAAUUAACAUGAAAAAUCUAUCAGGCAACAGUGUUUUUGAAGCUGUCAACUUGUGGAUGAAAAACAUGCCUGCAGGAAAAUGGCCCAACUGGGCGGUCGGAAGCCCUGCCGCUGCUCGGGUUUCAUCUCGGAUCGGGAAGGAGUAUGUCAACGUUAUGAACAUGCUGCUUUUAACCCUCCCUGGUACUCCUGUAACUUACUAUGGUGAAGAAAUAGGCAUGGAGAACACUGCAUCAGAAAACGUAAGUGAAGAGCAUGCAAAUUCUGACCCUGUAACCUUUCCAGAGAAAUCCCCCAUGCAGUGGAAUGACAGAAUUAAUGCUGGUUUUACUGAUGGCAACAGCAGCUGGUUACCUGUUAACUCUGACUACCAAAGUGUAAACGUGGAAAUCCAGAUGACCUGGUCCAACUCAACCCUGAAUCUGUACAGAGAGCUAACUCUACUUCGCAACGAGCUCCCCAUACAGCGAGGGUGGAUGUGCUACAUCUGGAAGGAUGAUAACGUUUUUGUGUACGUGAGGGAAUUGGAUGGCUUAGACAGAGUCUUUCUGAUGGUUCUCAAUUUUGGACAGGAAUUGACAAUAGACCUGAGCGCUCUAGUUCCUAACCUUCCAUCUGAAGUUAUUAUACGACUGAGUACUAACGUCAGCAAUACUGGUAAAGCUGUCAAUACCAAACUAAUUAAAACUGAAAUGGGAGAAGGCCUGGUCCUUGAAUAUAAAUCAGCAAAGCCUGUUCAUACCAUGGAGGCUUUUCAAGGAAAUUGUUUUGUGGCUGAAAAAGCUUGCUAUUCCAGUGCCUUCAAUUUACUCUAUAUGUAUUGUUAAG